GGAACAGCCUAGUACUUCAAUCUCAGAAGCCCACAGGACAGUGCGCACCCGUGCUUAGGAAAUAGCCUAUCUUUGCGCAUGCAUCGACCCCCAGAUCAGGGGAUGGCUGGCAAGCCCUUCCGGGCGACAUACAUAUGGAGCAGCAUCAUCAACAACCUACAGCAGCAUGUGGAGGUGAAACGGAGGAGGCACAACCUCAAGACCUACCAGGACUGCUUCCUGGGGUCAGAGGCCGUGGAUGUGGUCCUGGCUCACAUCAUUCAAAGCAAGUUCUGCGGAGAUGCAGAGGUUCCUCGGUCCAAGGCAGUGCGUCUUUGUCAAGCUUUGAUGGAAUCACGUGUGUUUGAGGCUGUUGGAACAAAAGUGUUUGGAAAGGAGAAGAGGAAAGUCACGUUUGAAGACAGUAGUUUCAGCCUGUACAGGUUUCUGAACACACAAACUCCAACCACAAACUCUGAAACUAUUGAGAAUACAUACCACUCUCCGAGCAAACAGAGGAACAGUUAUAUUUCACCAUCUAAAAGGCAAGAAAAUCAGGUGAACUCAAACAUCUCCCCGGUCAAAACAGACAAGUCUUUGGAGGAUGUUCUUGGAGAUCUCAACUAUAAAACAAUUACGCCACAGAUGAUUGAUCUAGGGCUAUCACAAGAAUUGGUGGAUGAGGUGUGGCAGCAGCAGACGGUGCUGAGGCUACUGCAGCUGAUAGAGCUCCCCCUGCUGGAGAGUCUGUUGGAGGGCCGCGAGAAGCCCCGGCCCCCCCUCCACGGCAUGGACAGCGACCCCGACCUGCUCUACACCAGCAAUUACGUGGACCGCGAGAUCCUCAAAGCCUUCAGCGAAUCACAGGCGGAUAACUGGCUCUCGGCUGCUGUGGACUGCCUGGAGUUCCUGCCCGACCAGCUGGUGGUGGACGUGAGCCGAGGGCUGCCCAAGUGCUCGGACGACCCGGACGACUGCAAGCGGCUGAUCUACAGCGUGCUGGAGCAGCACUACGGCGAGCCACAGUACCCGCCUCUGCUCAGCAACCACGUGUUCGACAUCCACAGCGGCAUCUCAGAGUUGCUAGUGAAUGGGAAGCGGGAGCAGGCGCUGGAGGGCCUGCAGCUGUGUCUGAAGCUCCAGGACGCGCGCAGCCGAGAGGAGCUGCGCAGACUGCUGCGCUUCAUGGCGACAGCCGCCCAGCCGCAGGAGGUGAAGUUACACAAGGAGAUCGAUAACAGGAUGGCAGUGAAGAGGGCCUUCUCUAGUGCCAUUGUUUACAGCACACGACUGGCCAAGGGGAAGGUUGACCUCAUGGUCCUGUUCAUGAUGGACAAACACUGUGACCUUUUUAAGAUCCCAGUGUCCUUGCAUAAGCUGGUCAGUGAUAAGCUUGCAAACAUCAUCAGGAAAAAAGACCCAGACGUAGUAACAGGUCCAUCUUACUGCAGGCGGAUCUCGGGACAGACUUACGCAGAGACAAUCAAGAAGACCACCAGGGACGAGCUGUGGGCUCUACUCAGGACUAUCCACGAGAACUCCAAACUCUCAGUGAAGGAGAAGAAGCGUCUGCUGGGGCAGUUCUACAGAGGCCACCCUGAGGUCUUUGUGGAGUAUUUUGGAUCCAGACUGUCAACUGUCGAUCUGUAGAAAUGUAAAUUAUAAUUUAUGUGUACAUGUUGUAAAAAGUGUAAAGUUUCUGUAAAUAGCUGUGUACAUGUUUUUAAUAUUCUGCAUAUAAAUUAUUGAUGUACUGAUAAAUGUGUGAGUAUGAAUAAAAUGUUUUUCAAAGUAA